CCAUCCCUACUUCCCCUCCUACAUCUCCCUUUUCAACGAACAGAAGGAAGUGCAGAGAGAUCGUCACUACGAAACCCUAACCCUAGCCUUUCUUCCGUCUUGAACAGACAUCGAUAACCCCGACCGAUGUCGAUUCCGCCGUCGUCCUCGGCCUCCUCUGCUUCGCAAUUCACCUACUCAGCUCCGUCGACGUCCUCGACCCAAACGAACAGUUCGUAUUUCCCUACGCCAUUUCAUCUCCAGCAGCCAUACGUUGUUGCGGCCCCGCCUGCCCCAGCCCCAGCUCCGCCUGCUGUUGGUUCCGUCUACACGGCCCCCGUUGGUCCCGUUUACUCUAUCCCCCAAUUCCAGCAGGCUCAGCAGCUGUUCCAGAGAGAUGCACAAACGAUUACGCCGGAAGCACUUGAAGGUGUGAAGGCUGCACUUGCAAGCAGCGAGAGUGAACACAAAGCGGAAACAAAGAAGAGAGCUGUUCCCCGGAAAGCUGCUGGUCAGUCUUGGGAAGAUCCCACUCUGGCAGAGUGGCCUGAGAGUAAGAUCAAGCCCGCCGGUUUUCCUUUCCCGUGCUUGUUGAAGUUGAAUACGUUACUUGUGCGAGCUGCUAAGUCAUCGUUUUUGCAACUUACAGAUGAUUAUAGGCUAUUUUGUGGCGAUCUGGGUAACGAGGUGAAUGAUGACGUUAUCUCAAAGGCAUUUUCCAGGUUCCCUUCCUUCAACAUGGCCAAGGUCGUGAGAGACAAGCGAACUGGGAAGACAAAGGGCUAUGGAUUUGUGAGCUUUUCUAAUCCUACAGACCUUGCUGCAGCUUUAAAGGAGAUGAAUGGUAAAUAUGUUGGCAAUCGUCCCAUCAAACUACGCAAAAGCAACUGGAAGGAGAGGACAGACUACGAUGCAUUAGGGAGACCCAAGAGCCACCAUCAGAAGAAGCCCAAGGCUUCAAAGAAGAGUGUACUGCACAAGUAA